AUGCAGCGAGAUGUAUACGCCUCACUUAUUAAGAAGAGACAUAAACAAAUGAUCCCACUGUUAAUUCACCAAGUCUCUGGCGAUAUCACCCGUGAAAAUAUAUUUGAUGAAGUCUUUAGUGGAUAUAAACUACGCCGUAUUGCCUUAAUGACUCACAUGGCCGCCACUACUCCUAAUCUACCACGACUACCACGUGAUAUUAUCGUGACAGACUUUGAUAAACUAAAGUCUAUUCAUCAACCACACUUUCAUUAUAAGUUACUACCACUACUCUGUACAGACUUUGAGGCUUUUUCAGCUCUGCAGGGAAUCUGUGCAAGUCAAAACUCUCCCUUUACCAUUGAGGAUAGACGAGAUCCACAAGGUCUCACAUAUAGACUUGUCAAUGGAUGUGCAGAGCGACAAGCACUCUGUGAUUUCUUUGCCGAACACAUUCCAGUCUCUGAACGCGAAGUGCCGGUGUAUUCUCGUAAACUUCCCAUUGCCGCUGUUUUGUUUGAUGGUGUUCUCAUCACACGUAAAUGCACAAAUGCGGGUGGAAAGACGGCCGCACUGUUAACUGUACAUGAGGCAGCCACAGAUAAAGUCAUCACAGAGCGUGCGCUUAUGCGAGAUUUCUUUGUGAAUCCACUCUAUACAAAGAUGAGUGGAAACUCAGAACUUGCACAAGCCGUGCGAUUAGCACGACAUUCUUCACAUUUUAUGGCGGUAAAGCGACCAGUAGGGAACGAUGAUGGGAGUCGACGCUCUUUGUUACGUUCUGCAGCUGCAAAAAAAUUGUUUCUCUUUGAAAAGAUAGGGGAUGAAUACCGCUUUGCACAUUUAUAG